AUGAACCCGGAGCAUGAAAGAGAGGGGGGAUGCUUAUACUCGCUGAAAACCAUACUCCUGCUUCUCGCAAUUUCUUUGUGUAGGCCCACUGCCAAUGCCAGUGCUUACGGACAACUUGCAAUUGAUAAUUGCCAUGUUUGUGCUGUGCGGAUUGCUCCAAGUGCUUCGUCGCUAAAGAAGAAACUUUUCACCUUGCGUACUAUCGAAGCCUUCAAAGCUUUAUCUUCGGCUUGUGGAAGCCCACCUCCCGCUUCGCAACGAGUUACAAACAUUUCGCACGUCUCCCAGGUCUCUAAGCCUGAGCAAGACAUACGAGGGCAGCUGAAUUCCACGAUCUUUUUCGCUGCUCUAAUCUACUCUUUACUUGCUACAUUGCGAUGCAGCAACAAUCAGUCAUUGACCACUGCUCCUGCUAAUAACACCGGAAGUGGGAACCCCGCUCGUACUCGCUUCGUUUAA